CCGUGCGAGCCAUUUUAUGAAGUUCGGUUCAGCGUGUAUGCCUCAACAGCCAUAAUCUUUCAGCCAAAGCAGGAGGAAGUCGUAUCUGCUUGUACUUCAUUAUUCAUGACGGUGGAACAACAACUUUCUGAUCAAAAUGCAGUACUUUACCACUGACACGGGCGGUAUUACAGGCAGUUUGAAUGCCGCCAUGCAUCAUUUCAAGGCAUGUUCUCUCUGGAGGCUUGCUAUCCCGCCUGCGGGCAAGUCUGCUCUGGCUUCGGUAUCUUCUCGUCAUGAUGCCAUGAAGGAAUUCCCAAGUACAGUUGCCGCAGAUGCUGCAUCAUGCGCUGUUCGUAGCGGUGACGUGUAUUGCACUGUCGAGCUGUUAGAACAAGGAAGGACCAUUAUCUGGACCCAAAUGACCCGACUUCGCACGCUUCUUGUUAGCCUCUUGACUCGCGGCGAUCAUGCAAUGACUCUGAUGAAGAAAGAGACCUCAGGUCCCUUCUUGAUAAACCUUUUGCGAGCCAUACAGAAGGGACACCAAGAGUCGAUAUGGCAUACCCGGUACAGACGUCUAGUGGAGGACUGGAAUAGAACUGUAGAAGAGACCCAGAAGACUUCCUACUUCCCCCUUUCUUCUCUGAUCUGCGAGAUGCAGCUCCAACCUCCCACUAGCAUUCAACUCCCUAGCGAUUUGCGGAAACUCGUCAAAUUGGUACUAGCACUCCGAAAGGCAGUUAACAAAGAGACCGGUCCUAAAGGGAACCAAAUAGCGCUCAUAAAAGCUUUGAUAAGGUUGUGGAAGGACGUUGUCGGCUCAGUGGUCGAGAAUCUGGGCGGAUUUGCACUAGGAAGUUCCCGGAUAUGGUGGUACCUGACCUUCCUCUUCAAUUUCUUGCCGUUGCAUGCUGCUGGCGAGUACAUGGCAAAGGGCAGCAGUAUAUCUCUUCAUACACGCCAUCGCUCACCGCGUUGAUGAAGGCUUGCGGAAGUCAUGACAGGCUCCUAUCGGUGCCCUCCGUCGCCACUGGUCAGAAUCACCCAGCCGGUGCCUUGGAUGGUGUAAACCUAAGUUGGAAUUGGUGCGGAGACUUUUGCUCCCUCUCCCAACUGUUUCCUUUUCCAAGAUAACCAGCGUUUAAUAUUUCAGAGUUCGAGACUGCAU